UGUUCCUUUUCUCUUCUACUCAGCUGGCCUACCGCUCCCAUUUACACAUGCAUACGUACAUACAUACACUCACUCUUGAAUUAUUACACACCACACCAUUUACUUUUUUUGUGGAGUUGUUAUAAUUAAUAAGAACAGGCUACAAGAUAUUACAGGUAGAUCUAUAAGACAUCUGGGAGGGAGAGGGUUGGGUUUUCUUAGCUUUGUAUCAUUCAUUCAUAAUUUCGUGUUUUAUUGAUUUCCCAGCUGCUUCAUCUUCAUCACCUACCACAAAAAAAAAGUCUUUUUUUCUUUCACUUGUAACACACUUCUCUGAUUGCACUAGUACUGCUUGGUUUGAUUCUUGAGGCAAAGCAAGCAAAUGGGGUGGUUGCUUAUUGAAUUGGGUUUUGCAUUUCGAUGCUGAUGCACUAAAGUUUAGGUGAAAGAGGAGCUGAGGGAGUUCACGUUGGAUCUCAUCACCUCAAAGUUUCAACAUUUUUUUUAUUUUAAAUAACGGGGUUUUGGGUUUUGAGCAGCCCAAUAAAUUGAACAGAAAAGGAAUAAAGAUAAAAAUAGAUGCAUUAUUGUAAUUUUCCUCUGUUCAAUAAUGCCUUUUGGGAAUUAUAUUAUUCGUAGUUCCAGAAAUAAGAGAGGAAAGGAAGAUUUACUAUUUUCUAGUCUGCAAGUUCUGAGUUCAGCUCACGUGAAGGCUAAGCUGUUGUGUCCGUGAGUUUUGCAAGCAGUUCAAAGCAAAGAGUUGGAGAAACGAUGUCAAAUGGUCAGUCCCUGUGUCUUACUUUGAUUGAACCUCAGACUUAAAUUCACCAAUGAGGCGUUAUUUGGCCUUAAAUCCCCGUCUGAUCAACGGAAAAUGACAACUUCUCGGCGCAUCUUCGUUGAUGAAGAUGGUUUUUCAAGCUCGAGUCUUCUGGUGAUAUGCAGAUCUUGAAGAUUUGGUGUUUUAAAAGUGAUUUGUGUUGUGGUAUUUCCAAUUAAGAAGCGCCAAAAACAGGACUUGAAAGUGAUUUUGGCCUUCUGGGUCUUUGGAAAGAUUUUGCUACUAGGACUACUACAAGGCAAGCACAUCAAAGAUUCGGUGUUUUUGGAGGUUUUAAUAUCCUUCAGCUGUUUUUGGAAACAAAAACAAAAAAAAUUAACCCUCCAUUCUAUUUUAGAGUCGACUUUCAGAAAAAAAAAACAUUCAAUUCAAGGAUUAAGAUGGAACCUCUGGUUUCAAGGUACCCUUUUCUCUUCUCAUUGUUAUACUUCACUGUUGUUUCUCUUCUUUGUCCAGUUAGAUCAGGCGAUGCUGAGGCCCUGUUAGCCCUCAAAUCAGCCAUUGAUCCUUUAAACUCCCUCCCAUGGCAACAUGGAACCAAUGUGUGCAAAUGGCAAGGUGUCAAAGAAUGCAAGAAUGGAAGGGUCACAAAGCUUGUUGUAGAGUACCAAAACCAGAGUGGUACUCUGGAUGCCAAAAUCUUGAAUCAACUAGACCAACUUCGAGUCUUGAGUUUCAAAGGGAACUCACUUUCAGGCCAAAUCCCAAAUCUUUCUGGCCUUGUCAAUCUCAAAUCUCUCUUCCUCGACAGCAACAACUUCUCCGGUGAUUUCCCAGAUUCCAUUACAGGCCUACACCGUUUAAAAGUCAUAGUUUUAGCUCGAAACCAAAUCUCUGGUCCAAUCCCAGUGUCAAUCCUCAACCUCAGUCGUUUGUAUGCUCUUUACUUAGAAGAUAAUAACUUCACUGGAGCAAUUCCUCCUUUGAACCAAACCAGUCUAAGAUUCUUCAAUGUGUCUAACAAUAAACUCUCUGGUCAAAUUCCCGUGACCCCACCAUUGAUUAGGUUCAAUACACCCUCUUUCAUUGGCAAUCUCAAUCUUUGUGGUGUACAGAUUCAGAACCCUUGCAACAAUUUAAAUUUCGGACCAUCUUUAAGUCCAACCUAUCCAUCUUCAAAACCAACGUCCAAACGUAGCAAGACAAUCAAGAUUGUAGCAGCAACUGCCGGUGGGUUUGUGUUUCUUAUAACUUGUCUGCUUUUGGUAUGCUGUUUUUGUUUCAAGAAUGGCAACAAGAAAGAAGGGCCGUCAAUGGUAGAAGAGAGAAACAAAGGGAUUGUCGGGGUUGAAAGGGGAGGAGAAGCAUCAGGAGGUGCAGGUGGCAUGGAUGGUAAUAAUGGUGGAAGACAAGGGGGGUUUUCGUGGGAGAGUGAGGGUUUAGGGAGUUUGGUGUUCUUGGGUGCAGGGGAUCAGCAGAUGAGUUACAGCUUGGAGGAUUUAUUGAAGGCGUCAGCUGAGACUUUGGGGAGGGGUACUAUAGGGAGUACCUACAAAGCUGUGAUGGAGUCUGGGUUCAUCGUGACCGUUAAAAGGUUAAAAGAUGCAAGAUAUCCCAGGCUCGAGGAGUUUAGGAGACACAUGGACUUGCUUGGUAGGCUAAGGCAUCCCAGCUUAGUCCCACUCAGAGCUUAUUUCCAGGCUAAGGAGGAAAGGCUAAUUGUAUAUGAUUAUUUCCCCAACGGCAGUCUCUUUUCUCUCCUCCACGGAACUAGAACUUCAGGCGGUGGGAAGCCACUUCACUGGACUUCGUGUCUCAAAAUAGCUGAGGACUUGGCAACUGGACUGCUCUAUAUCCACCAGAACCCUGGGUUAACCCAUGGGAAUUUGAAAUCCUCCAAUGUCCUCUUAGGCCCUGAAUUUGAGUCCUGCCUUACUGACUAUGGUCUGACCAUGUUCCAAAAUCCAGACUCACUGGAGGAACCCAGUGCCACUUCUCUGUUCUACAGAGCCCCUGAGAUCCGAGAUGUACGAAAACCAUCCACCCAACCAGCUGAUGUCUACAGCUUUGGUGUACUCCUAUUGGAACUUCUUACUGGCAAGACUCCCUUCCAGGACCUUGUUCAAGAGCACGGUCCAGAUAUUCCUAGGUGGGUUCGGUCAGUACGCGAGGAAGAGACCGAGUCCGGAGAUGACCCUGCCUCGGGUAAUGAGGCUGCAGAGGAGAAACUCCAGGCUCUUGUAAACAUUGCAAUGGCUUGUGUCUCACUCACACCAGAUAACCGGCCGUCAAUGAGGGAUGUCUUUAGGAUGAUCAGAGAUGCAAGGGCAGAGGCUCGAGUUUCAUCUAAUAGCAGUGACCAUUCACCUGGAAGAUGGUCAGAUACCGUUCAGAGCUUGCCUAGAGAAGAACAUUUGAGCAUUUGAGCGGUUAGUAAACAUGGCGGCUUUAAUUUGGAAAAACAUGUAUUCUUGAAUCUUCAACUAGGCAUUUGUAGAGUACAAUCUUGUAAAGUUUCCCAUCUUCAAUAUUUGGUUUAGUUAGCUUGCGGCCAUAGAAGUUCUUAAGUUACAUAAUGUGCUAUUUGACAUUUGUUGAAGGGGUUGUUAAGGAUGGUGAUAGGAUAGUAAUUGUCCUGUUCAGCUGGGCAGAUUUUAUUCUCACUGUUUUCUGGGCCCUAUUCCCAUGGCCAUGAAAGGUUGUAUUUUGAAGAGCGAUUACUUCACUUUGACGAUAGAUACUGUUUGGUUACCACCUAAUUCUUUCUUGAAUGGAAUCACAAUUCACUCCA